AGUUCUGGAUGGUGUCCCCAGACAUCGAACAUUCAAUUUCAAGACUAUUGACAACACAAAUGAAUUAGACAGUUCUGUUGCUUGAACCAAUACCUACACGAUAUAUCAAAGGCUCCAAUACAGCGAUAAUCACCAUUCAUCAUGGGCCCCAAGAGGAAAGAUUUCAUGAAGCCGGGCAAGCCAAAAGGCAAGCUCAAGGCGCCCGAGCCACAAACCGAGAACGACUUCCUAGAAGCUGCAGAUGAGCACGAACAAGCUGCCGGCAAGUGGAGAGCUGGUGAUGCGGCAAAGGCGACACGUUUCUUCAAUCGUGCUAUCGACACCUACAACGAAGGCCUGAAGAAGCAUCCGCAAUCAUUCGACCUUGCGUACAACAAAGCAAAUCUGGAAUACAGUCUUACAGAAGAUGAACGGAUAUUACCACAUCUGGGCAGCAGAACAGCAUUACUGGAAGAAACGCUAAACUCGCAUCGCCAUGCCAUCUCGCUCAAUCCUACUAACACCGAUAUCUUGUUCAACACUGCACAAGUUCUCACAUCCCUAGCAGAAGCGGGGCUCGAAGAUGGGACGCAAGAGGCUGCAAAGACCCCUGCCAGGACGCUGCUUGAAGAAGCCGUUGAUAUUUUCACUGGAUGCUUGCAGAAGCAGCAGAAAGAGUAUGAGCAGAUGCAAGCAGAUAUCGCAAAGGCCCAGGCGUCGGGAGAGUAUCAGGAGGCUUGGGAAGGUGAUCGACCGCAGCCUGCUGAGACCAAAGAGCAGGAUGACACGGACGCUGCAUCAUUGUCAUCAGAGGGACCUGGAGACUGGGCCACAGUCGAGGAGCCUGUAACACCAUUGACCAUCCUUGAGACGUGUACUGCGCAGUUGGGAGCUCUCAUUACCCUGCUUGGGCUGUAUACCCCAGAUGAUCUGCCAAGCAUCGAGAAGAAAGCGCAAGACGGUCUUUUGACAGCGACUGAGACCAUUCCCACUCUCAUUAGUCUCAUUGAUGCAUCGCCGGAGUCAGACUCGGAAGAUGAGCCAGUAGCAGGACCCACCUUGUCGAUAGGACAGUCCUCUUCCGCAGAAGAGGCCUCGACAACACCCAAGGAAGAUGCAGUGCUUGCUGCGGCGAACUUCCAGGCCAGUAUUGCAGAAGCCAUGUACCGAAGCGGCAGAAGCACGUCAACUCAGUAUGCACAACAAGUUGAGCAGACGUUUGCUGCGUUGAUCAAAGAAUCUCAAGGCAGCAACAAUCCAGGCCUUGCAUACGUCAACAUCCGAUCAUCAUACGCAGACGCGCUCAUCGACCUUGCAUCCUCAAUAGCAGACAGUGUACAGUACACCGCCUCAUCGCCAACCUUCGUAUCAGAUCUGGAGAUCCAAUGGACCGCGCUCUCGCAAGCCCAGAAGACGCUCACCGAGCUUUCAUCAGCGCCACUCUCAGCUAUGCUCUCCGCGUCUCGUCUAGCAGACAUGUUUCUCGCCCGCGGCGACACCGAAUUAUUCCGUUUCCGCAUCGCGAUCACGCCAGGCGCAAAAGCGGCUUGGGCAAACAGCAAAGCCGUUGUCGUGGCAAACGCAGGCGUUUUCUACCGCGGGGCGAGGAGCUACGCGCAGAACGCUGGAGCUGCGCAGACAAGGGCUACAGCUGAUGCUAAGGCGAUUGUAGCGGAGAUCCUGAAAGAGGUAUCAAGUGGCUCGAAAGCAAGGAAGGAAAAUUGGAAUGGGAGGAGUGCGGAUGUUGCGGCUGUGCUGGGGCAGAUGGUGGAGGAGGGGAUUAUCGCGGAGGAGAAUGCACAGGGUUUGUUGGGUUUUACAGAGUGAUUGCUUGUUUGUUCUGUUCUGAUCGAGUGACAAUGUCACACCUGCAAUCGGCGCCGUUUGUACUCGACAUAUCGUGGCUCUGGGCAAACG